AUGCUCUCUCUUGGUAUUAAAGCCUUUGUGAUAUUCUUAUAUAUUCACAGUAUUAAAACACAACUUAUUUAUCAAGAUGACGAAAAUAUUAAACACGAUCAUAUAAUAGAAACUGCAAUUGAAAUAGCAAAUCAAAAUUUUAAUUUCCGAAUACAAACUGCCAUUGUAUCAAAUGACGUCGACGAAGAAAUUGUCAGUAAAUUUAUUCAAUAUUACCGAGGAACAGUCCUUAUGGAAAAAAGAGACGGAUUUCAGCCCAAACAAGUUGUUCUCAUUAUCGAAUCAUACUUUUCUUUGGUUAGAAUAUUGGGAAGACUGAAACCUGAUUUAAAAGGUAGAACUUUUCUCCACAGCGGGGCAUAUUAUCUGAUCGUUCUUUUGUCCUAUCCGCAUAGAUUGGAACGCAUUAACCGCUUCCUUUGGAGUUAUUAUGCUACAAAUGUUGUUAUUUUAGUCUCAAACAAAAACAAAAAGAUAGCCUUAUACACUUACUUUCCGUACAAAAAUCCGUUGAGUUGUCAGAAUUUAGAGCCCAGUCUAAUUGGAUUCUGGGACGACAAGGGAAUUCUCCAAAAGAAUCUAUUUCUGGACAAAAUGGGUAAUAUGCAUGGUUGCCCUCUUUAUAUAUCUACUAAUAAACUGUACCAUCCAGCAACGGAGCAGAAAGUCCCACUAGAAAUUAUUAAAAAGGCUAUAGUUAGACUAUUCAGAAACGCUAUCAAUUUUACGCCGAUAAUAUCGACAAGAGAUUAUCUUAGUAUCGAUUCCGAUGGAGCCAAAGAAUGGUCUGGUACCCUAGAAGAUGUACUAUCAGGAGCUUCAAAUAUUUCGAUGUGCAGUAUUUCACCAGGAAUGGAACGAGCAGGUGUUUUGGACUACUCGAUACCCUAUUUCCGGAUAAGUUUGGCGUGGCUGGCGCCGCCUCUACGACCAGAGCCAAUCUGGUGGCGACUUUUGACACCGUUGAAUGGUUACUUAUGGCUUGGACUUUUGCUUGUUAUUUGCAUUGUUAAAUCAAUACCGUUUAUAAUGAAAAUGGGUCGCGUUAAAAAAAUCUGUUAUCGAAAUUUCAAAAACGCAGAUAAAUUACAUGGAGUUGUGAUCAGGAUCUGGGCUGUAUUGAUGGGACAACCGAUCAGGGUUGAGCCGAAACGUUUUAGAGACUUUUACAUACUAGCGAUUUGGAUAUGGUUCACAUUCGUUGUGAGAAGCGCUUAUCAAAGUGUCCUUAUUGGAGCAUUAAAAUCCGAGAUCACGAUAGGGAAAUUCCGUGACGUUAAAGAGGCUGUCAAUGAGGGAUAUCAAUUCGGUGGAAGGGCAGGAGUUUUGGAGCAUUUUGACAACGACCCGUUCAUACGGGAUAAUUUUGUAGUAGUACCCGAAAAUGAAUUCGAUGAUUUGUUCGGAGAUGUACUAGCAGGGAAGAAGAAAUUCAUAUUUGCCAUAUCUCUGGAAUAUGUGUUUGCAUACUGUAUGGCGCAGGGAAUAAAUGAUAAUGAAUGUGGCUAUGUACUUCCUGAUUCAAUCAUGACGAUCCCAUUAGUGAUUUGGAUGAGAAAGAAUUCUACAUUUAAGAGGCCUUUGGCGAUUUGGCUUAUACGUCUUAUAGAGAGCGGUCUGAUAGACAAGGACAUGCUGAAAGUGCCUGUCACUAAUACAUUGAAAACAAAUGAAUCUAGCCCACUGACUAUUGACCAGGUAUCAAGUUGUUUGCUUUGUCUUUUGCUUGGAUACGUCUUGUCCACAAUUAUUUUUAUAGCGGAGAUAGUCAAGUUCAAAAGUAAACAAAUUAAUAUUCAAGGAAAAUAA